AUGUGAUGUUUACUGUGUUACUGAAAGGUCAAGGUAGCCCAAGUCACUAUGUUCAUUUCAACUCUUUUAUUGUUUGUUGCGAUAGCCUUAAUAAUUUAUAUGAAGAUGAUUGUGAGAGAUAGCCCCUUUUUUGAACUCAUUGAUACAUUCUCGAAUGACUACAAGAAAAUAUGGCAUUAUAUUCUGACGGUAUGAAUAUUAUACAUACUUGUCUUGAUACUUUUGGGAACCUGCAUCUCAUUGAUAAGAUACUGUUGUAUUCACUUUGUUCAUUCCUGCUACUGUGUCCUUCUUACCAUAAUUUUUAUCCUAACCGCUUACAUUGGAGUAACUGCUAUUUAUGUUUCCAUAUUUUAUGCGAAUGAAAUAGAUGAACUCUGCUAUAAUGAUCAUGAUGAGCACGAUUUGGAGGAAGCUUAUCUACACUUUUAUUCUGAUGCGGAGACCUUCUUCUGCACUUCAGACUGCCCAUGUUAUAUUGGAGAAACAGACUAUGCGACUGGGCUGCAUUCUUCAACAACAAAUUCUUCUCAUUAUACUAAAGCACAGUCAUGUUCAGACCUUGCUUGGGAAGCUUUCAGAUACUACGACGCUGAUUUCAAUGAUGUUGAUGAUGUUGUUUCAUUUUUAAACCUUAUAGGUAAAAUAGAGAGGAUUCACAAGUGUUCUGGUAUCUGCUCUACGAAAUCAGUCUACUUCUUCAGUGACUCCUCCAAAGGAAAACCUGAGAAACCCUGCAAAGAUGUUAUCCGAAACUUCUUUUUUCCAGGUGAUGUUUAUAUAUUCGGAGUGUGCUGUACAGUUGUUGCAAAUAUUCUGUUUUUAAACUGGCUUAUUCAGUUUAGCUUGUGAUGUAGAAGAAGGAAGAGCAAGAAGGUUAUCAUGCAAGUGCCUAAUCAAGCUGUCAGACAAGGUCCAAACCCUGUUGUCAGACAAGGUCCAAACCCUGUAGUCAGGCAAAGUCCAAACCCUGUUACUGUGCAAGGUCCUAACCCUGCUGCUGUUCAAGGUUCUAAUCCAUCUGUAGUUUAUGUCGUAGUACCGAAUGGAUAUGUGCCUUACAGACAUGGAGGACUGCAAAAUGUAUCCCAACAUAAUUUAACUCAUCAUAAAAUGAACGAGGACGAGGGACAACAGAACUUAUAUCAGUCGAAUGAAGUUGAAGUCUCAGCUCAUCUGGAUAAUAGUCCAAAUGCACCAAGUGCUGCAGGGGCUGAGAAAUCUUUAAAUGAUAUGGGCACUUCUGAUGCUAAGAAUCUUACAAAUGAUGAGGAUCAUAAAGAAGCAUCUAUAGCUCCUGAUGUUGUAAAUGAUUCAGAUCCUCAUGAUAUUAACAAUGCUGCAGAUGAUUCAGAAUUUUUAGAUGCCUCUAGCUCUUUGGGUGAUGAAGGACCUUCUGAUAACACAAUUCCUAACGCUUUAUUACACCCUCCAGAUGCUGAAGAAGCACACGAUGUCGAAAAAGCACACGAUGCCGAAGCAGAACCUGAUGCCGAAGCAGAACCUGAUGCCGAAGCAGAAUCUGAUGCCGAAGCAGAACCUGAUGCCUGAGAAGCAUCUGAGGUUGAAGAAGUACCUGAUGCUGAAGAAACUAAGGAGGAUAAAGAUAUUGAGAAUAACGAGGACGGCAAAGAACCUGAUAAUGUUCUUGUAUCUGAUGAAGUUCAAGAAGCUGAAGAUAUCCUUGAUAAUCAAGAAGCUGCAGAUUCAGCUUCUAUAGAUGAUGUAGUUGAAGACUUGUAUAGCAAUCCAAAUGACUUUUAAGUCUAUCACUCCAAGAUAGCCAGGAUACAAAUGAAGAU